AACGCGUCAGGCGGGGACGCAGGCGCAGUAGCGAGGCAUCCGUAUGCCUUUGGAGCGUUUUGGUACGGAGAAGUCGGGACCACGGCUCUGACUUGCUUGAAAUCCGGAGAGCGGCUUUUCGGGACCCACAUGAGCCAAUGGCGUCACGCACGCAGUGGCUGGAGCCGCGGACGCGACUUUCAUGGACCUCCUUCAGCCAAAAAGAAAGGUGGAAACCGCAUCCCGGAAAGGUGGAAAGACUACCUCCCAGUUGGACAGCGGAUGCCUGGUACUCGUUUCAUUGCUUUCAAAGUACCUUUGCAAAAGAAUUUUGAAGUGAAUCUUGCUUCAGAAGAACGCUUUUCUCUUUUGGAUCUUUUUAACAAAGUCCAAGAGCAAAAUGAAGAGCUUGGACUGAUUAUUGAUUUAACAUAUACUCAGCGCUAUUACAAACCAGAGGAUUUACCAGAAACUAUGCACUAUUUAAAAAUUUUUACAGUUGGGCAUCAGGUGCCUAAUGAUAAAACUAUUUUUAAAUUUAAAUGUGCUGUUAAUAAAUUUUUGAAGGAAAAUAAAGAUAAUGACAAACUUAUUGGUGUCCACUGUACCCAUGGUUUAAACAGGACUGGCUACCUCAUCUGCAGAUAUUUGAUUGAUGUAGAAGGCAUGAGGCCAGAUGAUGCAAUUGAAUUAUUCAAUAGGUGCCGAGGACAUUGCAUAGAAAGGCAAAACUACAUUGAAGAUCUUCAGAAUGGUCCUAUCAGAAAGAACUGGAAUUCCGGUGUAUGCAGAUCAAGUGGUUUUGAAGAUUCUGAGGAACCAGUACACAGCUAUAACAACAGAUCUGUUAAUGGUGGACCAAAGUAUAACCUACACAAUCUACCCCCUACCCAGCAUUUUCAUAACCGGACCCAGAACUGGCAACAAUCAGUCAGAAAAUUUUCACAAACUCAGAAUGUUUACCAGAGAGGCCAUAUCCCUCCUCCUGGCCCUGCUGGAGAGGACUAUUCACAAAGGAGAUACUUUUGGAAUAUGAAGCCACAUGGCAGUCAAGCAGCUCAGAAUAAGAGGUGGUAUGCUCCUGGUUACCAGAGACUGUCUUCUCCAGCCUAUUGGGGAUGGAACAAGUGAUACAGGCCUGUCCUGGAAAUCUACCUGAUAAACAGAGCUGGGCUGAAGAUUGCUAAAGUGACUUACAGUAAAAAUCAGGUCAGAUUAUUUUUCAGGUCAGAUGAAAUUUUUAACAAAAAUUUAUUGCUCCGUUAUAUGUGUUCAGACUUAAAGAAAAAUUAUGAUAAUAUUACCUCUUCACUCAUAAAUUCAUAUUAUAGCAAUGCAAAGAAUUGGUCAUUCCAUUUAAAUUUUUCUACAGAAAGAUAUUUUAGAUCUGAUAAAAUAUUAACUUCCUUUGCGAAUUACUUUUUAAAAUUCUAUCCUUUUUUUCUAUGUAUUUCAUUUUGAUAGACUUGUGAUAUGAUUUUUUUAGUGUUUUUGUUAUGUUUGUUGACCCAGUCUUUUUUUCUCUAACUGUUCAAAUUUUUUACUAAAUUUUACCUAGAAGGACAAGUUUCUUUAGAACCUAGUCACUGUGUGUAUUAAUUCUUGUAUUUUUGUGAUUAGGUAUUUUUUUCUUGGGCAGUCAGUAUUGGAAUUUGACCAGCUUCCUUGUACUGAACUGCCAGAUGUGCCAUCAAACACAAAGAUGGAUAAAAAUAUUAGGGAUUAUUAAUUGGGCAAGAAAGAUUAAUUACAGUGUUGGAAAAAUGAUAAUUUUCCAAAUGAUCUGAUCACAGGAUAAAUGCCAUCAAAGAGAUUGAACCAUCCAUCCAGAGAGCUUGAAAACUUAAUAGAUUUAUAGAAGUUGCUCCAUGAAUGGAGUAAGAUAUGAACAUAAAUUGCCUGGAAUAUCUAGGACUUAUUUUUGUCUUUUGAACAUAACUCUCUGGGAUCUUUCUCCAGUUGCCUCUUAUGCUGGAGUGGUGCUUUACCUCAGGAAUACACAGGUAGAUCACUUGAGAGGGUGUUAAUUAUUUUUAGUUGCAGAGGAAGCUAAACAUCGUUGCUUGCUUGAGAAGGUAUUUAAAUACCAUGACACAUAUUAAGCCUCUGUGAAUAUUUGAGGAAUUCUUGGGCAACUCAGACUCAUUUUUUUUUAAAGCCUCUUGAUUUUGAGGAUUUGUAUCAUAGAAUGCCUAAUACCAUAUAUGAUAGUUGUUUUAUAUAUGAACAAUGUGUGGAACCUGACUGUAAGAAAGUACUUGUAACUCAGCUGUUCUCCUUGCCUAUAUCUCAUUUAGUCAUGUUGCGCUACUUCAUCUAAAUGAUAGUUCAUAAAGUUUUUCUCUGCUUGCCACAUUUAAGAGAGAUACAGAAGUCCUUUGGUUAUAAAAUUGUUCCCCAAGAGAUAUCAUGAAGCUUUACAUUGGAAGGCAUUCAAGCAAAACAGCUGUGAGGCAAAAAAAAAAAAAAAGCAUGGGUGCAUAUGGGAAUCUACCUAGUUGUAAUGAAUGACUUGGCAAAGUGGGUAUGUGGUGCACACCUAUAAUACAGCACUUGGGAGCCUGAGGCAAGAGGAUCAUAGGUUUUCUUCCUACCUGGGAACUCAGUAAGACCCUGUCUCAAAAAAAAGCCCAGGGUUGUAGCUCAGUAGAAAAGCUCUGGUUCAAUCACCACUAUGGCUGAAAAGAGGAAUGACUCACAAGCCAUUUUUGAGGAGCUUACGUUAGUGCCAUCAUUUAGGCUAUGUCACUUUCAGAAUUUUUUUUUUCUUGACUCUGUUGCCCCCUUUAUGUGCUACACAUUUCAAUGCUUAGUGUGGCUUAUUGAAACAGACCUGCUGUUUGAUAUCUCAUGUCCCAUUUAUUAUUCAGUACACUGGUUCUGGCUUCUGCACUAUUGAAAAAGCUUAAGGCCUCUAGGUAAAGGACAAGUACCUUUCUUUUUGAAAAAUUUUUAGUGGUCUAUUUAAGCUUUUAAAAUUUGUUUUUAUUUAAAAAGCAAAUAUGAAUAGUUUAAAGUUCAAGUAGCUAUGUUGAGAUUACCAUGAAAAAGAACACUCCUUUGUCUGAACCCUAAUUGUCAUCAUUUCUCAAAGGCAAAUACAGUGUUUUAUACUAUUUAAAUAAUGUGCGUGUAUGUGUGUGGUGUGCCACUUCUUGAUUUUUCAAUUGUCUUACUAUCUGUUAAAGAAUUUUUACUAUAGUAAAUGAGGAUUUAGCCCUUUAACACCACACUACAGUUGCUUCCCAGCUUUUGGUUAAAUCAGUAUUCUGAGUUUGUGUUACUAGCCAAGUAUCUUUCCUCAUGAGCCAUAAUUUACCAUAGUUAUGUUUUCUUUCUUAUAUGUUUUUUUAUUUUUUAUUAUUUUUUUAUUCUCUUUGCUGUUUUCCUAUUUACCUUAUUCAUUCUCUGAAUGUCUAAUAACAUAAAAUAUUUCAAUAUGAAUAAAUGAUUGUUUAUUCUUUCAAAUAUUCUUUUUUUCUGUUGAUGUCCUGGGAACUAAACUCAGGGCAUUGUGCCUACUAGGCAAGUGCACUACCACUAAUCUACACCUCUGACUCGUGUGUGUGUGUGUGUGUGUGUGUGUGUGUGUGUGUAUCUGUCUAUCCUUAAUUUUUAAGGAAAUGAAGUCUUACUGUGUUGCCCAAGUUGGCCUUAAGCUCCCAGAUUCAAGUAAUCCUCUCCCUCAGCUUCCUAAGUAGUAGGACCAUAGACAUAUGCCACUGCACAUAGCUCUACAUUAAUUUCUAAGAGCUAGCUCUUUCUGAAUGGCAGGUUUUUUUUGCAGAAAAAGAUAGUUUUUUCAAGUGAUGCACUGUCUUAUACUUCGUUAAUGUUACCAGAUUUUACAGUUUCUUUGGUUCCCUUCAUCAGUCUUUUUCUCCCUUAUAUAUACAUCUUGUCUCUCAUGUGAGAGAUGUUCUUGAAACACUUGGUGAGCAUAUUUAUUUGUUAUCUAUAUAUACCUAAGAUGGCAGCACUAAAAGCCGAGGGAAGUUCUAUUUUAGGACAAGAUGGCUAAUCAGGUUAUUACCUUCCCCUUGCUGCACACAUUUAGGCUUUAUUUUUUUACCACUCUUGUCUUUUUUUCUUCGUUUUUUGAGACAGGGUCUCACCAUGUAGUUCAGGUUAGCUUUGAACUCACUAUGUACCCCAGAGUGGCCUCAGAUUCCCAGUGAUCUUCCUACCUCAACCUCAUGAGGAUUAUAGGUGUGUGUCAUUCAUAAAAUAAAAAGAGCCACUAAGCUCUUUUUCAUUAUUCUGACAGAUAUCAUCUGUAAAAUUUUUAUUGACUCUCCUAUACCAUGUCUUAUGUCUUCCACCCUGGGGAGUUUUAGUCUUAAAAGUUCCUUAAAAUGUCAUUCAGUAGGGUUUGGGUAGGGCUAGAAAUUUUUGACAAUCAGAGCCAGUGUAAUGAGAUUUCAUUACCAAAUAAACUUAGGUAAUUGUUUUGGUGCUUCACAUCCCGGGAGUGUAAGCCAUUGAGUGUCCUAAGUCAUUAUUUGGACCUGUAAUGCCAGCCACAAAUGCUCCUUCUAAGGAGGGAGGCUCAUCUAUGAUCCUGAUUAAACCUUCUCAGUGACCUUCAAACCAGAGUCAUAGUUACGUCCUGAAAACAGACUCAUUCCUCUUAUAAACCUCAAAGCCACCUGACCUUCAUACUCUGUUUUCAACCAACUCCUCAUUAAGACUUCUGUAUCUAACUGCAAGCUGACUUUUCUGUGCCCUUUGGAUUCCCUUCCAUAUCUGCAUGCCAGCUAUUGAUGACUACUCUGUGCCACGCAUAUUUAAGACACCAUACCGUCUUCUAGGCUGUUCGACUGCAGUCUCUCCUGUAGUUUCUGUGAACCAAUUAUCAUUUUAGCCAUAUCUCCUCCAUAAAGUCUUCUAUCCCAGUCCUACACUCAAGUGAAUGAUCCCCUUUUCUAAAAGUACCUUGUGUCACUGAUUUAACUUUAUUGAUGUUAUAUGAACACAAGAUCCAAGUCACCACCUGAGAUACCCUCAGCCCGCCCUUUGUGGUAGCACUGUUUGCCUCUGAGUCCACAAUGCCCUUUUUAAGCCUUUGCCAGCAGAAUUUACUGAGAUCCCCAAGCUCAUGGGAACCCAAGUUAACUCUGGGCCCGCAUGGUCCUUCUGACCCCACACUAAGCCUUUGUGCUCUCACAUCUGCCCCUUCCUUUAAAUUAGAGGAAGCGCUCUACCCCGCAGACCUUGGGAUCUGACUGAAGGGUGGAAUGAUCCAGAAGUGUGGAGGAGUCAGCUCCUGGGAAUUCCUGAUUAAUGUGAUGGAAAGGACAGGAGGGAGACUGGCAGGCAAAUGCCCCUUCCUGUGUCCUUGCUGUAGUCUCCUGAGCCAUGGUUUGCCUUAUGAGUCGUCCAGUGAACGCUCAGCCUCCAGAGUGAACAUAAAGACAAACGUACUGCAUGUCUUCCUGGCUCACGCAAAGCCUGGCAGGGCGAUAGCUCAUGACAUCACAAUUGUGCAUUGUAUUUUGCUUCUGUUAACAUUUUCCUCUUUCUUCCUACUGUGUUCUUAUGUAUCUCAAAUAAAAUAUUAGUGAUUGAA